CCCACUUCCCUCUGUGCUCUAAAUUUACCUUUAUUACUCUUUAUUCGAGGAAUAUGGACCCAAUCAAACCAUUGAUUUGCAUAAACCCGUCAAGGCCAUGCAACCGUCAGCAUAUGUGGUCAUUCAUUGUCUAGGGCCCUUGGCAUGCAAUAUCGCCGCACGCUGGUCCUUUAGCGAUAUGGCAAGUAAUUGAAGGUAAUGGACCCGCAGCUUUACGACUGGUGGAUCUUCAGGUUUUCCGGAUCGAUCGUAUCUGGCUUGUAUUUGUUUAAUCCGCUCUUAGUCGCUCAGUCUAUAUUUCUUAUAAGAACAGUCUUUCCGGAUCUUGGCUCAAGAUGGGGUCGCGUCCCUCUUUUCCGGUCCCGCCUACACUCUCUUUUGUUUCUCUGCGGUCAAGAUGCGUCUGUUUCUCUCCGUUAUCCCGCUCAUUGGAGCGGCCAUCGCUCAGAGCCGGACGACUGCACCUUCGGGCGCCCUCGUCGUCGGCAAUGGCGGCAAAUAUAAAACUAUUUCCAGCGCCGUCAACGCCGCGAAGGCAGGGAGCGUGAUCUUCGUAUUGCCGGGGAAAUACAACGAGCAGGUCUAUGUGCCUGCCAAUAAGGGUGCCCUCACCAUCAUGGGAUCCACGCCCGAUGCCUCGUCGUAUGAGAAGAACCAAGUGACAAUCUCGGCACGGAACAGCCAGGCGAACAAGCCCAAUAAUGACGAGACGGGGACGCUGCGGGUGAAGAACGAUGGGUUCAAGUUGUACAACAUCAACGUGGAGAAUACCUGGGGGAAAGGGUCGCAGGCGUUGGCAUUGAGCGCAUAUGGGAAGAGUCAGGGAUUCUACGGCUGUGGAUUCUUUGGAUUCCAGGAUACCGUCAUGCCGAAUGACGGGAGCCAGUACUUCUCUAAGUGUCUCAUCACCGGGGCUACGGACUUCAUCUUCGGACAAAAAUCCCUGGCGUGGUUUGAGAAGUGCGACAUUGGCGUCCGCAAUGGGGGGAAGUACAUUACUGCCAACGGCCGCGACAGCAAUAGCAACCCAUCCUUUUACGUCAUCAACAACAGCAAGGUCACCGCUGCGAAAGGCGAGAGCGUCCCCGCCGGAUCCUACUUCCUCGGCCGUCCCUGGCGAUCGUAUUCGCGCGUAGUCUUCCAAAACACCGAGCUGUCUAACGUCAUAAACGGGGCGGGCUGGUCGGUUUGGCAGUCCAGUGAGCCGAAUACUAAAAAUGUGUACUACGGCGAAUACAAGAACACUGGACCGGGCGCGGAAGGCCGACGGGCUUCGUUCUCGAAGAAGUUGAGCAGUGCGGUGCCGAUCACGCAGAUUCUAGGAGGCACUUAUAAGACCUGGGUGGAUGCUGCGUACCUAUGAGAAUAGAGGCAGAUUUUGGGGAAUAUGGACAGUUGGUCCAGCUGGCUAG